CAUGGGAGUCCGGUGACAUAGCCAUUAUGCUAACUGCUGGUCCCAAGAUUUACUGUCUUCAGAAUUGGUCACCUCAGUCUUGAGAGGAGACUGCGAGGUUAUGAGGACCAGCAACCGUGCAGCCUGGCUCAGGUGAAAAGGAAGAGACCUUUUGGGAUCCCUAAGCAGAGCACACUAACCUAACUGUCCUGAGGUCCUCUCAGAGGACCUGCUCAUCUCUCGUCUCAGGGCGUGGCUUAUCCCGGUUGGCCUGACUCUAGCUUAGCACUGAGCCUGGAGGCUUGACCUGGAGCCCAGGACAACUCUCCAGCAGAAGGUGUACCAGUUCCUGAGCAGGGGCUCCCCUGGCCAGGGGUUCUGAUGGGCUCCUAGUUCUGGACACAGGACAGAGUGCUCAGAGGCCCUUGUGGCUGCGUAGGCCCUGCAGGGCUCCCAGAAAGACAGAUUAGCUGCAGACCCUGACAUCUGUCACAGUUCUGCCCCAGUGGCCAGGCCCGCCUUCCCUCUGCCCUUUUCUCACUGCAGAUGCAGGCAGGUGGCCCUCAGCCGUACUGGGGCACUGUGAGCUCUGCCCCACACCAGCUCCCAGUCUCCCUUUCCCUCCUGACUCCUUCCUGCCCUGGCCCAGUCUUCUGUGCUCAGCACACCAGUGCCCAGGCACCCUUUGAUGUUGAGGUUUUCAGUCUCACGAGUCCUGUGCAGGAGGGUCUUUGUGUGGGUGGGUGACAGAGGUGAAGAGGACAGACUUCUGCCUUCAAGGCUUAGCCAGUGGUGAGAGGAGCCUAGACCAGACGAGGAUAAGGCCGUACUGGAACGGCGAGUGGUUUCGGGCACUCAGGGUACAGCAUCUCACACAUCAAGGGGCAGGGCACACCCCAAAAGAAGCCCCCCUUCGGUCUAAACCCAACUUCUCAGCCAAUGGAGGAGCUGGGCAAACAGUGAGGAGGGCGAUGCCAGGCCCCACAGCUGCUACCUGGAAUGCAGCCCGGGAGAGGGAGCAGGGCUGCCUUCUCAGCAGCCUGCUGGGAGCCCACCCAGCCACACAGAAGUUUUGGGUCUGGGCUCCUGCUGCCUCAGCUGAGCCAUAGCCUGUCUUUUGAACCUUUUAGAGUCUGUGUCUACUGGCUACCUACUCCCUGGGGAUGUAGGGCUAGUCCAGCUGGUAACGGGUGGGGCCCAGGCUCUGGGACAGGAUGGAGGGCCUUUCGGAAGCUAUGAAGAUGUGAGGAGGCUAGGGAGCAGUGUGUGGCCGAGAUCCUCUGGCCUGGGGCAGUGAAGGAGGUGGAGGGCCAGCCAGGCAGGCCCUGUGACUGCUCCAGAUGAGAGGAGGCCAUAGGUGGGAAGCAGGGAGGUCCAGCCAUGGUCUGAGCAAGAGCCAAUGACACUGGGCCGGUGACUGUGAGGAUGAGGAAUGCAAGGAAGAAUCGGAUCCCCCUCAGCUGUAAGUGGGGUUGGGGAGGAGGGAGCUGAGAAGCCUGGGACUCGGGGACUGGAGGUAAGUGAGAUAGCAGUGUCAGCAGGACCUAGGAAGGCAGUGCCUGGGAUCAGAGGGCCCUGGGAGGGCGAGUGACUGACUGCUGGAGCAGCGGGAGGUAGGUGGAUGUUGGGACCACCUCCUGGGGCAGGCCAGCAGGUGCUCUGUCUUCCUCCACAGCUGGUGUACCCAAGCCACUUCCAGCUCACAGACAAAGAGAAAAGCAGCAUCUGCUACCUGUCCUUCCCCGACUCCCACUCAGGCUGCCUUGGGGACACACAGUUCACCUUCCGCAUGCGCCAGUGUGGGGGGCAGAGGAGCCCCUGGGACGCCGACGACAGGCGCUACAACAACAUGGUCCCCGUGGCGCUGCAGAGGGAGCUCGCACACUACUUUGGCUAUGUGUACUUCAGGCAGGUCAAGGACAGCUCUGUGAAGAGGGGCUACUUCCAGAAGUCUUUGGUGCUGGUGUCCCGCCUGCCCUUCGUCCGGCUCUUCCAGGCGCUGCUGAGUCUGAUUGCCCCCGAGUACUUCGACAAGCUGGCGCCCUGCCUGGAGGCAGUUUGUAAUGAGAUCGACCAGUGGCCGGCCCCUUUGCCUGGGCAGACCCUGAACUUACCUGUCAUGGGAGUUGUUAUCCAGGUGCGAGUUCCAUCCAGGGCAGAGAAUCCUGAAUCCAGCCCUCUGCGGCAGUGUGACCAGGAGAACCUGCUGCCAGCCCCGGUUGUCCUCGCCAGCGUCCAUGACCUGGACCUGUUCAGGUGCUUCCGGCCUGUGCUGACCCACGUGCAGACGCUCUGGGAGCUCAUGCUUCUUGGGGAGCCCCUGGUGGUGGUGGCACCCUCACCUGACGUUUCCUCGGAUAUGGUGCUGGCCCUGACCAGCUGCCUGCAGCCCCUCAAGUUCUGCUGCGACUUCCGUCCCUACUUUACCAUACAUGACAGUGAGUUCAAGGAGUUCACGACGCGCACUCAGGCUCCACCAAACGUGGUCCUGGGAGUCACAAACCCUUUCUUUAUCAAAACACUCCAGCACUGGCCACAUGUCCUCCGGGUUGGGGAGCCCAGGCUGUCAGGCGACCUUCCUAAGCAGGUCAAACUGAAAAAGCCCUCCAGACUGAAGACCCUGGACACUAAACCAGGCCUCUAUACAGCAUACACGGCCCACCUCCACCGGGACAAGGCACUACUCAAACGGCUACUCAAGGGCCUGCAGAAGAGGCGGCCUGCAGAUGCCCAGAGCGCCCUGUUGCGGCGGCACCUCCUGGAGCUGACGCAGAGCUUCAUUAUCCCCCUGGAGCACUACGUGGCUGGCCUCAUGCCCUUGCAGAAGAACAUCACACCCUGGAAGAACCCCCCCCAGGUGCGCCCCUUCUGCCAGGAAGACUUCCUGCGUAGCCUGGAGCACACAGGCCCCCAGCUCACCUGCUUCCUAAAGGGCGACUGGCCGGGCCUCUACAGGCGGUUUUUCAAGUCUCCUCAUUUCGACGGCUGGUACCGGCAGCGGCACAAGGAGAUGGCCCAGAAGCUGGAGGCCCUACACCUCCAGGCUAUCUGUGAGGCGAACAUCGAGACCUGGAUGAAGGACAAGUCUGAGGUGGAGGUCGUGGACCUGGUCCUGAAGCUGCGGGAAAAGCUGGUACGGGUGCAGGGCCACCAGCUCCCUGUUAAGGAGGUGACGCUGCAGCAGGCACAGCUGCACAUCCAGACAGCCGUCGGCUCCCUGCCCAAGGACCUGCAGGCUGUCCUGUGCCCUCCCAAGGGCCCAGGGGCCUGGGUCUGACUGGGCCAUCUGCUCCCAGCGGGCGGCCUUGGCCACGCACAAGCUCCCCAGCCUCAGCCCCUACCCCACCACAUCCCGUCCCGCAGUAAAGGUGACAUUUGGAACUGCA